GUCUGUUAUUUCACACAACCAGAAAUGUGACUUUGGUUUAAACCAACUGUCAAGCCAGAGAGUCGGUGUUCCCAACGUGCGGAGGAGCCGCAGUGUUGACAAGAAAAAAACUGCAGGCAUGCAGGUUGCAGCUUGUAGCGCAGAGAAAGAGGGUGACAGAAGUGACUUGUCAAGCAAAAAGUACCGUGUCCUUGUUGGGGUGACUGGCAGUGUGGCAGCCCUAAAAUUGCCCCAACUGGUCAGCAAACUGCUUGAAAUACCCGGGGUUGAAGUGCGAGUCAUCACCACUGAUCAUGGCAAACAUUUUUACAACCCAGCAGAUAUUCAAGUUCCUAUCUACAGCGACAAGGAUGAGUGGGAGUUGUGGAAACAGCGUUCAGAUCCUGUCCUGCACAUUGAGCUGAGACGCUGGGCCAACCUCCUGGUUAUUGCACCUCUGGAUGCCAACACUCUGGGCAAGCUGGCAAAUGGGAUCUGUGACAACCUCCUGACGUGUGUGGUGCGAGCCUGGGAUCUCAAGAGACCCCUCCUUUUUUGUCCAGCAAUGAACACUGCAAUGUGGGAGCAUCCGCUUACAGGCAUGCAGAUAGGCAUACUGAAAAGGUUUGGAUACCUUGAGGUUCCUUGCAUCACAAAGAAGCUUGUCUGUGGGGAUGAAGGUAAAGGAGCCAUGGCAGAGGUUUUAACGAUUGUAGAGGCCGUCAAGGAAUGUGUGCAAUUGGCUCCCACUUCCUGAGAUACACCCAUGGAUUUUGGGGUUAUUUUAACUCAGCCUUUGGAGAUAUUGGAAGUGCCUGACCGUAACCAUUCUGGACGGUUGUGUACAAGAAGAUAUUCAGUGCCAGUCCCUGAAGUGUUUUCGGUAUAAUUCUGAAUCUUGAUUGAGGAGCACGAGACCUUCAAGAGCUGGUUUUACACCUGAUGUUUGAGGCAGGUCAUAUCUACAAUAAAAUACAGCGCUGCUGUACACCACCCAAACCAUCCUGCACACUGGGUGUUGAAAGACUUGACUUGCUUUGUUUCCACAUUUCCUAAAAUUUCAAACACAUAGUGAAUGUUGUAUUCUAUUAUUUUUAUUAAAUAGAAACAUUGUAUUGAAUUACACGAGAAAAAAAAAAAUGUCUAUUUUAUUUUUAAGUUCAGCCUUUAGUCAAUACAUUACAGAGAACCAGAGAUGGCAAAGCUUGCUUCGUUGGGUGUACAUUAAUUCCCCCCCCCCCCCCCCCCCUCCCCCCUUGCUGCCA